AUGAUGGAGUCGCCACAGCUAGGACCCGGCCGAGCUACGCUUGGGUUCCAUGGCUCAUGGACCUUUGCUCUACCUGGACCAGCGGGGCAUCGAUGGGUCCGAAUGGUCCUGUUGGAGAAAGCCGACGCCAAACCCAGGUCAAAGCUUCUCCGGGAGGCGAAACAGCACAAGGCAGGCCUUCCUCUACUUCCCGAAUUCGACAGGCUCAACACCCUCAAGAGUUUGCGCCCACACGAUUUGUUGCUAUGCAAGGACGGCACUGCUAAAAUCAUUAAGCUCAACCGAACAAUUCUCCAUUCGUUCAUUGGAGAUAUGAAAUUUCUUCUGCAUCCUCGUACGGUGCGCCCCGACCUUUCAGAAGACAAGUUCAAAACCAUGGGCGAGCACAUUUCACCUGCGUGGCGGCAUUGGCCCUUUGAAGCUGAUUCCUACGGCGUACCAUCGUGGAAGCUUGUGGAGGCAGAACAUCCCGAGGAUACGGAAAGAGGUCCAUGGGACGAGUGGGUUCCGGAAUCCUGGUUGGAAAAUCCAGAGGAGACAGGGAUCUGGUUGUUGGGAACCUACCAGAAUGACUCCCAGUUCAGCUCUUUGGACGAAUCAUUCCUUGAUGAUGAACACCAUAAGGAACUGGCUUCACAACUACUGCAACUGCUUGAGCAGUUAAGCCGUAAGUCAGAGGUGGAGCUUGAGGCUCUUCGACUCGCUGGGGAAUUAGAUAGCAAGUGUGUUAGUUUGAACAAAGAGAGAAAAAUGAUGAAGAGAAUUUUGGUAACUGAGAGACUCAUGUAUACCCGAGACUUCCCGGCAAGACCCAAUAGAACUUUGUUUUCUUCCGCCUUUCUUUCCGACCGUCAAGCUACUACCUUAGGACGCCGCAUCUGA